ACCACUGACGUUUGCGAUGCUUCAGGCAGUGACAUAUACACAGUUGCUACUUGGACUUAGUUCGAAAAUCAUGUUAUUUAUACUCAUUCUUACGUCUGUAGUCCACUACGCAUCGCCUGUUAUUCAAACUGCUUAUGGAACCAAAUGGAUAAACUUCGCAAAUGUCAUCGUAAGAACCAACAUAAUAUCAGAAGUUCAAGACAUUGGAAACAAAUUUAAUUGUGUGACUCAGUGUCUCCAGAACAUUGCUUGCGUGUCUGCGUUCUACAGAAGGCAACACCGACGGUGUCAGCUUCAUGACGUGUUGUUCCUGUCGCCCCAGGACGGAGAACAAGAGAUGGGUACAGCGUACUACAGUGUUGCUGCAGAUGGAUGUCCCUCGACCUAUGUCCACAACCGAAUGCUUAACAUCUGCUACCAGUUACAAUUAAAUGAGAAGACCUUUGUCGGUGGUGUGGCUGAUUGUAACUCCAGAGGAGAUCACUUCAUUGUCAUUGACACUGAGGCCAAGCAAGACCACAUAUGGAAGCAAGUCAACUCAUCAACAGACGCUGUGGCCAAAAAAUACCUAAUCGAUGGAUCAGACAAGGCUACUGAAGGAACUUGGUUACUCCAUGAUGGCCGACUAAUGACAUACUUACCUUGGUCUUCAAGUGAACCAAAGAAUCUUGCUACGAAGAACUUUAUUGUGGCAGACACAAAAGAUAACUUUCUAUGGACCGUCAAAGCAGGAGAUACGCCCAAAUAUUACAUUUGUGAGAGAGACAUUUGAAAUCAUAAUCACAUUCUCCCUGACAAUGUACAAAAGCAGUGAACCAAAUUGCUUGCUGAUUAUUUGGGUUAAUGUUAGACAUGUUCACAGUGAAACAACCAGAAAUUAUAUAACCAUCCAGAAUUUAACCCAUAAUGAACCACCUUGGAUUUAGUUCCUUCCCAAACUGAAUGUAUCUUAUGUGUAUAGGACAAUUUCAUUAUUGCAAAUUCUUGUAUUUAUGGCGACAUUGAAAAGAAAUUGUUGACAUUAAUGUCAUUCUCGUUGAAUUUUAAUUAUCGCCCUGUCCGUGAGUGUGUGGUUUACUGCAAGACCGGCAAAGUAACUUGUGUUACCUCGGCUAUUCGCAGAGGCAGUAGAUGAAGAUUGUGCUGUAUGCGAGCGAGACUAGUCUAAGAACAUGGGAUAUUUGUCUGAUAAGGUGAAUCACAUUUACUAUUACAUAGAUCGUAAACGCGCGCGUCGCUUUUUUUACACAUAUAUCCUUGUGGAGAUUAGUAGGCGUGGCUUGGGCGUGACGAGCCAACAUAUUAACAGCUUAGGGUACCCAAAGUAUCCGUAUAUGUUCCAUUAGAGACUAAAAUAAUCCAAUAAAGUAUCCAGUAUUUUGUGAUAAUUCUCAAUGCGUGUGCGAGCCCCACGAAUGACCAGGUAAGAAUUGGUUUUCAGCAACCCAUGCUUGUCUUAAGAGGCGACUAAGAGAAUUGGUUGGUCAGGCAUACAUUGGCAUGUAUCCCAAUAGCGUAGAUCGAUGCUCUAGAUAUCAGUCUUUCGAUUGUCUGAUUCAGGCUCGAUCAUUUACAGACCGCCGUCAAAUGGCUGGAAUUUUGCUGAGUGUGGCGCUAACCAACAAACAUACCGUGGGUGUGAAAGUCUUCUCUUUCAUCUGCUUUUGAACAGGAAGUUUUAAGCAGAAUGUGAAUAUUCCAAGGUUGUACAGAAAAUAUCAAAAUAUUUUUUAAUUCCAAAUUGUACAUAUCAGACCCAGUAUACAGGCAACAAUAUAAAUGACGACCGCGAUUUGAAUCGAUAGUUUAGCUUACUUACGUUUUCUUUUAUCGCGGGUGGGUCCCCUGCUAUAGCAUUGAAAAGUGUAGAAUAGGAUGUUCCAGAAUAAUUGUACAGGAACAAAUGCGUAGAUGUAUUGAUUUACUGUCAACAGUUUCCAUUCAAUAAUAUUUAUGUCGAUAACCAGAUUUUCGAGGAUUGUUGAAAUAAGGGAAUAAGAUUUAUCGUCACUUAGUCGUUUUUUAUGAUCAAUAUUGACAAAUACGCAUCUUUGACUUGUUUCAGGCACUUAAGUGUAUGUCCUUGAGACAUCCUUCAAUUAUUGAGAUUUUAGUACCACAUAAUGAUCUUUCUACGGGCGAAAACGAUAUCGACUUUUUGUUGGGUGCCCAGUCUUGUUGCCAUAGCAGCUAAACGCAAAAGUCGCCGUUGCAGCUGAAGCAUCCCUUGACACACCGAUAUCUCCACUUUUAAUCCCAUGCAGUGAUUCUAAACCAACAAUCAAAAGUUUCAUGUGAUCAUGUGCAAACAAUGUCACACAUCCUUGUAGGAUUCGAUACAAUUUAUGAAGUAAACCCAACAAUCGGUCAUAUUAACUUUGGAUUCAAGGUAUGCUAAGGCCAUCCAACGACAUUGGCACACACACGAAUAUCUGGAAGAAAACAAACUGAUGAAGAUAAACCUCCCAAACGUAUCCCUUAGACUGAGAAAAAAAACGUCAAGUGAAUUCUACUAACUUAAUUAGUAACAGCGGCCAGAAGGUUAAUAAACAGCGAAGACCUGCUACACUGCACGCGGUAGCUGUGGAGAGAAGGGGUAUCCAAUUUCACUUUCGGUGUCAAGACUAUGUGACAAUCCUCACUUCCGCCAUGUCGGUGUUACGCUCGGCAUUCUGAGACAACAAGGUGCUCGCCAUGAGACAAAGUGUUAGGGUAUAUAUUGGCUUUGUAACCGUUUUUAAUGCAUUUUUUUCGUGACUUUAUAGAAUGUACACAAUGAAAAAGGGACGUUUUCUAAGUUUGCCGGUGUAAAACAAUAUCUGUUUGUUUUGUUUACCUGUCAGUUACUUUUUAGUAGUAUUUUUUAAAUAUACUUAAAAUGCUAAUAAAAAUCAUUAUAUGUUAUCUUCCAUCUGUAUUGUUCAUGCCAUUUCUUAUUUAACUUUUAUUGCAAAUUGUAUUAAACAACUGUCAACAGGGAUCGCAAAAUGGCCAAGAAACGAGCCUUUAUUAAAGUGUAGUAAAACUUACUACAAGCUUAAUAAUUAUACGAUUCCAGUUACUAACUUAUGAGAAGAUGCUUUGAAAGAUGGAUACCAAACUGAUUAUUAACUUGCACCAAUCUACGAUAGGUUGUUGUUGUUGUUGUUGGUUUGUUGUUUAACGCCGCACUCAGCAAUAUUCCAGCUUUAUGACGGCGGUCUGUA